GUUGAUCUGAGUGAAUGUACAAGCGGUAUUAUCCAAAAUAUUAAACAAUAGGUUGAUAUACAUCAAAGUCAACAGUUAUCUUGUUUCAGUACACACGCUCUCUCCUCAGUUCCGUUUACUUUGCCACUGUCCAUGGCUAAAGCCAGGGCCGCCCGCCGUACUCUAGAUUCCUAUACCGUUAAACACAUCAACAAAACUGUCCGGCCCGGAGAUUGCGUAUUGAUGCGGCCGACUGAUCCGUCGAAGCCGUCGUACGUGGCUCGGCUGGAGAAGAUCGAGUCGGACAGUCGAGGAGCGAACGUGAGGGUGCACGUACGGUGGUACUACCGGCCGGAGGAGUCGAUCGGCGGCCGCCGGCAGUUCCACGGCUCCAAGGAGUUGUUUUUGUCCGACCAUUUGGACAGUCAGAGCGGUGACACAAUCGAGGGCAAGUGUACGGUCCACAGCUUUAAUACCUACACCAAGCUUGAUGCUGUUGGAAACGACGAUUUCUUUUGUCGCUUCGAAUACAAUUCGUCUACUGGUGCCUUCAAUCCCGAUAGAGUCCCCGUGUACUGUAAAUGUGAGAUGCCUUACAAUCCCGAUGAUCUUAUGGUUCAAUGUGAAGAAUGCAGUGACUGGUUUCAUCCAAAUUGUAUCGACAUGACUACAGAGGAAGCCAAACGAAUCAACCACUUCUUUUGUCAUAAUUGUUCCUCCCAAGAACAGAAGUUACAGAAUUCUCAUGUUGCUUCCAGACAUGCAGACACAAAAGUGGAGACUAAACGGCGUAGGAGGUGAUGCACUUGACACGUUGGAGAAUCUGUAAAUCUCUGUCAGUAAAUUGCAAACAAACUCGGAGGCAGUGAUGACUCAUCGGAAGCAAUAAAAUUUGUGUGCUGUGAAGGAGGGAACUAAUUUGGAAACUCUUCAGUAUAUAUAUAGUUUGAAAGACAGUUAGUCACCGUGUUUUGUUGUUUAGGUCGAGGAUGUGUCCUGUUGUCUGUAAUUAUGUAAUGUGGCAGUCUGCCUUUAUGUUUCUUGCAUUUCAGGGUUCUCUUCGUAGUAUUCAACCUAUUCUUAACCUAUAUAAAAGCUGUAGAUGAAGAGGUUAUUGAUGUGUGUAAUUUUUGCGUGAUCUGCAUCGAUGCUAGGAUUUGGUUUAAUGUAUGUUUC